UCCCUUAAAAAACAGGCGCGUUAACUCUGCUUCAUCAGUUCGACUUCGACAGUGACUUCGAUCUAUCUGAACGAUGUAUCUGAAGAGUUGCUGCGCGUUGUUCCUGCUGGCGAUAGUCGCCUGUCAGGCUGCACCCUCGGCCAAAAUCGAGAAGUCAAUCAGCGAGACGGACAAGUUCACCAAGAACGAAAUAAACCUGGAGGAGACUGGUGCGGAAAAAGAUAGGGCCAAGAAAUCUACGACCUUCUGCGUGGAAGUUCGCGCCAAUGGAAAGCAAGAACAAGUCCCGUGCAGACAAGAAGUGAGGCCACAGAUUCCUCAGAUUCAUCAGCAGGAGUCCAAACCUGUGGUUAUUCUACAACCUGUGGCGGUACCGACUCCAGUAGCACCAGUCGAAUAUCCUAAACCGCAGAACAUUGUAAUCCAGCCGCAGCCACAGCUGCAGCCACAGCUGCAGCCGCAGCCGCAGCCGCAGCCGCAGCCGCAACCUUCUCAGAAUUUCAAUGUAAUCCAGCAACAGCAAUCAUCGAGCGUCACUUAUCCUCAGCCUCAAGCUCAGCCUCAGAUCGUCCAGCCAAGCCCGCAACAACCCAAUGUGGUUUACACUCAUCCGCAACAGACACACAUACAUCACGUCUAUCCCAGCGCACCAUCAUCAGUUGCUCCAGCUCCCGCGCCUGCUCCAGCACCAACUCCGAUCAUCAACAUCGUACCGGCUCCUGCUCCCGCGCCUUGCGACAAACCGACCGUGAUGCAGCCUCAACAGCCGCAACAAAUUCACACUGUCCAUGUUCUUCAUCCGCAACCGACACCGCAAACACCAUCCGUGACACUGGUCCAGGAACUUAAAUCAAACAAGAAGGAAGAAAAACCGGUAAUUAGGCCUAAACCAGAGUCUCUUCCGAUUACACAAGAGCAGAUCAGUGUCAUGCCAGUUGCGCCUGCUCCAUGCAAAACAGAUGUUUUAGUUGCACCCUCCCGUCCUGUGAUUGUUCCUCAACCUACCUUUAUCCAGGUACCGUCAGUGCAGUAUCCAUCAAUAAAAACUCAAGAAGAGGCAUACGAAUGCAGUUGCCGACCAGAUAACCGUCUUGCAAAGACUAUCACUUUGGAUCCUCGCUUAUUGCACUUAUACAAAUCUGUGCCCAGAUCUUCGAUGAUUACCGCAGAAUACAAUUCCAACAUCUCACCCAUCGUUUUUGCUUCGGAAAGAGCUAGUGAAAUGGAAGGGAGAUUUCAUCACCAUGAGAAGACACCUUUGCACUUAUCUGUGCAAUUCCCUCUCAUACAGGCAGCUAAUACUUAUCCUCAACAUUAUACUCCGAACUAUUAUAACUAUGGAAGCUACAGUACCAGUCCUUAUCCUUACGAUACUUCUUAUUACGAUUCUUAUCCCAAAGGAAAUUAUGGCUAUCAAACUAGUAACGUACCAUCAGUCGUCGUAAACGCAGGAGGAUUAUAUUAUCGUGAAUCUCAACACAAGGAUUUGGAAACUGAACAGAAUGAAGCAAAAGAAAUGUUUUCGAACGAAAUAAUCGAAAACUCUAUUAAUCAAAAGCGAGAAACUGAACCCAUUCAGUUACAAUACGAGCAGCAAGAAACUAUACAAAACGGGCAGGAAAACACCAUUAAGGAGUAAUUCUGAACAACGUAAUUGAAAGUAAGAAGUAAUAAAAGAAAUAGAAUAUGCUCCUCCAAAUAUCUUUAAAUAAUUUAUUAAUUAAUUUAAU